AUGGCUGCUAAGGAAGAGACACCAAAGGAUGCAAGCACAGCAAAUGAGCCACAGGUUGGUAAGGAUGCAAGCACAGAAAAUGACCCACAGACUGUGAUCAACAAAGUAGCUGCUCUGCCCUUGGUCAGUGCUGCCUGCGAGAUGGUUUCAGCCACUUACUCUUCUGCCAAGGAGUCACACCCGGCUAUCCAAGCAGUGUGUGAUAUGGCAGAAACGGGAGUGAAGACGGUGGCAACGUCAGCUGUGAGCAGCGCACAGCCUCUUCUCGACAAAUUUGAACCUCAGAUUGCUGCAGCAAACUCCUAUGCCUGUAAGGGCCUCGACAAGCUACAGGAGACACUGCCUGUCCUGCAACAGACAGUGGAAAAGGUGGUGUUGGAUACCAAAGAUCUUGUUGCUGGUGCCAAGGACUCUAUUUGUUCAAAAGUCACUGAUGUGAAGGAUGUGAUGUCAAGUAUGGUAGAUGUGGCCAAAGAGUCCGCCCAGGAAAGCAUGGAGAUGGCCAGAUCAGCAGUGACCAGUGGUGUGAACACUGUGAUGGAGACCAGCUUGGCCAUGGUUGCUGGUGGGGUUGACAAAGUGAUUGAAAAAUCUGAAGAGCUCCCAGUCACUGAUGAAGAGCUAGCUUCCCUUGCAGCCUCCCUGCAGUUGGAAGGUUCUGGAAUAGCUCCUGUAGAGAAGCAGAAACAGCAGCAAAGCUACUAUGUGCAGCUGGGCUCCCUCUCGACCAAGCUCCGUCGUGCCAGCUUGCCGGCGAUGAGAGAGAGCGGCCGCAGUCGGCGAGAGAUUAAGUAUGCCAAGCAGGCCGUGGAUCAAAAAAUUCAAGAUGGGCAGGAGAAGCUGCAGGAGAUGUGGCUGGCAUGGAAGAAGAGCCGGCCAGUGGAGCAGAAUGAGGCUGAUGGAGAGGGUCAGAUUGGGUCCCAGGCCCUGGGACUCUCCCGCAGCCUCGCCCAGAAGCUUCAAGCCAUCUGCCAGAGCCUCCUGGCCAAUGUCCAGGGCCUCCCCGUUGCUCUCCAGGAAAUGGUGAGGCAGACCUACAGCAACAUGGAAGACCUGCAGGCGGCCUUUUCCAGUGUACAAUCCUUCCAUGAUGUUUCCAACAACCUCUUGGCCCAGAGCGAAGAGAAGAUGGCCGAGGCCCGGGAGGCUCUGGAUGAACUCCUGGAAUAUGUGGCUGAGAAUGCUCCCCUCACCUGGAUUGUGGGCCCUUUCUCUCCUGCUGGAGCUUCUGCGGCAAAAUUGACAGAGCCGAAAGAGGAGGUGCAGACGGAUGCCUGA